AUGAGCGUUGACGAAACUCACCGCGAAAACUCUCUCAGCAUUAGUGUGUCAGAAAACGACAGUUCGGAAAAAUCUAUUACUCCCGAUGACGCUUCUGCUAAUGAUGUUUCUAUGCAAACUGAAAGUGCACCAUCGAAUGCAUUCAAUCCUCCAGUUCUUCGACAACCACCUGCUAGGGAUCUGAAGUCACCGGCUCAAUCGGCCGAUGUUCCGAAAACGUCUAAUGAUAUAAUAUAUGAUGGCGGGUUGGAAGAUAAGGAUGACGUUGAGUUUAAAGUCGUGUUCGCCGAUUUGCAUAAUACUGAAAUGAUGGAGCCCGAUGGGAACGAGGUUGAAAUUGAAGUACGAGGAGUAAAAUACAAGAUUCCAUAUGCUAUCGAGUGUCAUCUCUGCAAUGAAAUGAUGAAUUUGUGUUUGAGACGAACUCGCUAUCGUGGCCAAAGUCGUGAAUAUCCAGCGUAUCGUUGCAACCGUAAAGGCUGCCAAACUUUCCGUUCAAUACGGAAAGUGUUUCAUAAUUGUAUUCCAAGCAUCAGCGACAUCGGAAAAAUGCAAGCUCCGCCAUUAGAUUCUCCAAAAAUCUCUUCCAAACGAACAACCAGUGGAGAGUUUUCUGAAGAGGAUGACGAAGAGUUCGUAGUACAACGUGUGUACAUUCCAAAAGUUGAUACUCGGAACCCCGAUCAGAAACCGCUUUCCGUUUCCGAUAGGAUGAGAAAGGCUAAUCAAGUGCGUGCAACUGUCUUUUCAGAGUUUUCCGAUCAGCUCCGUCGUGAUAUUGCUGCAAACAAACGUGUCAGAAUUCGGAAACAAGCCCCAGAAGAGGAGGAACAACAGGGAACGUUGUUUUAUAUCAGCAAAGAGCUUAGUCCACAAGAAAUCAUCGAACUUCAAGAUGCUAUUAUCAAAACCUUGAUAUCAUUAAGAAAAAUUCCGCCUCCAAUGACUAUGCAUGAUUUGCCAUUAUUCGCGAAUUGUCCAUACUCUAAAAAUGUUCUCGAGGCAGGAUUGGCGAAGUCCCAGAAUGAAUUUUGGAACGCUUUUACCAGCUCUGCUCAACCUCCGAUUCCCGUUGGAUUUACCAGAAGAAAAGAUGACACAUUAAUCUAUAGAGACCCGAAACCUUACGAAGUCCCCGUCAUUCUACAGGAAAACUCGCCACGAAAACAAGCUGAUGCUGUUGUGAAUUAUCACAGAAGAAAGGAAGAACAAGAUGCGAGACGAAUGGAGAGACGGCAUGUCGAGAAGAAAUAUCGUUCAUGGGCUUCAUUGAAAAGAGAGUUUGAUAUGGCAGAAACUGAGGACCGUCCAGAAUCAAAACUUUCAAAAACGAACAGCGAUGAUGCACCAGUCUCAAUAAGUUCACAGUCUGAUCGACAUUCCCGUCAAGUCACUCUUCGAGAACUCAUGCAUAAGAUAGAUGGGAAUUCAACAGGAAAAAUGUCUUGUCGAAUUCGCGCGAAUGACUCCGAAGGAAAAAGCGAAUCGAUGAGAUGGAUUGAUAUGAAAACUCCAACUAAAGAAAGUCCUGAAGAGAUGGCAAAUGACGGUUACAAUCAGCAAGAUCCGGACAAUGAACUCGAAGACGACGUUUUUGAAAGUGCUUCGAAGUUCAAAGAGUCGUCAUCUAUGCAGACUCUUUCGGCUUCGAACUCGUUGCGUUCCCCAACUUCUCCAUUGAUGAAAACGUUUUCUCCGCUCACUAACAGGAGUAUGAAAAAUCCUGCCAGUUCACAUUCUCAAAUGUUUUUCCCGGAUUCUCAUUUCAUGAGUAAUAGCAUCAACAAUCACAGUCCUGCUUUUUAUGCGUUCCUCCCUUCAUAUACAAUGCCAUCAUUAGAUUCGAGCUUGCACUAUCAAAAUAGAGAUCUGGUUGAUGAACACUAUCAGUGCAUAGGAGCAUCAGAAGUUGUUCGUACGGAUUCGACUCCUUACACCUACAUACAUCCAGUCUCUGGGAUGCGUCUCACCGAUCCUUCUGCAUAUUUGAAUUCGUUCAUACCUUCUCCAAUCACCAAGCUUGCUCCAAUGAGUUUUAACGAUGAAACUAGUAGGCCGCGUCGUUCGUCAGAGCCAACUACCCCGUCUUUGUACAAUUUGGACGACUUCAAUGGGUCUGAUGAAAAAGCUAUUAGCUCAGAAGAGAGCAAAAAGAUGAUGAACUCAUUCAAGUUCGAUCCUCCCUUAUAA